AUGGCUACCCCCGCAGAACGACGCAUUCGGCCUAAAGAGAUUCGCAAUUUCGGUCGCCAGUCGGACCUGGCCCCCAUCGGUGACUUGACCGAGAUCCAAACUCGCAGCUACGCAAACUUCUUGCAGCUCGAGGACGAUUCGAGCAAGCGAAAAGAUCAGGGGAUCGAAGGCGUUCUCCGUGAAAUCUUCCCGAUCGAGAGCUACGACAAGUCGUUGCAGCUUGAGUUCGUGAAGUAUGAACUGGGCAAGCCACGGUACGAGCCUGACGAAUGCCGUCAAUUACGGCUCACCUAUGGUCGUCCGUUCAAGGUCUGGUUGCGGUUGACCAAAGAUCAGCCCAUCGAGGAAGCGGUCUACCUCGGCGACAUGCCCAUCAUGCUCGGCGGUGGUGAGUUCAUCAUCAACGGUGCCGAGCGUGUGGUGGUGAGUCAGUUGCACCGCAGCCCUGGUGUUGACUUCGUCACCGAAAUCGAGAGCACCGAUCGCCGUUUGCACAGUUGCCGCAUCAUUCCGGAACGCGGUAGCUGGAUCGAACUGAACGUGCUGAAGAAGGAAAAUCUCGGCGUUCGUAUCGAUCAAAGCGGUAAGUUCUCUGCCAUGACCCUGCUGCGGGCGAUGAGCCCCAAGCUGAGCCAGAACGUCGACCUGCUGCGUACGUUCUAUCCCACCAGCAAAGAAAAGAUCGUCGACGGUCGUAGUGUUUCGAAGAUCGAAAACAAGAUCGCCGUCGAAGACAUCGUCUAUCCCGCCAAGAGCGAUCGGGCCGGCGAGAUCAUCGUCGAGUGCGGGCAGACCAUCUCCCGCAACACGGCCGAGCUGAUCUGCACUUCUGGCAUCAGCAGCGUGGAAGUGAUGCCCGACGUCAAAGACCGUUUGAUCCUCAACAGCUUGGAAGAGGACAACACGGCCAGCCACGAAGAGGCCCUGCUGAAGAUUUACCAACGCCUGCGGCCUGGUAAUCCUCCGCAGUUGGAGAAGGCCCGUGCGUUGUUCAAAGAGAAGUUCUUCGACGUCAACCGUUACCGCCUGGGUCGCGUCGGUCGCUUCCGCAUCAAUCGCAAGCUGAAUCUGAAGAUCAGCGAAGACGAGAUGACGUUGCGUCCCGAGGAUUUGAUCGCGGCCAUCGCCUAUCUGUUGAAGCUACGAGCCAACGACGACGAAGCCCAUAUCGACGAUAUCGAUCACUUGGGUAACCGCCGUCUUCGCACCAUCGACGAGCUGGCCAGCGACGAACUCCGCAAAGGUUUCCUCAAGCUCCGCCGCACGGUGCAAGAACGGAUGAGCCUGAAGGAUGUCGAGGACAUGACGCCUCGCAGCCUGAUCAACCCGAAGAGUAUCUCGGCUUCGAUCGACUACUUCUUCGGUCGUGGCGAACUCUCGCAAGUGGUCGACCAAACGAACCCGCUGUCGAUGCUCACGCACGAACGUCGUCUCUCGGCGUUGGGUCCCGGUGGUUUGAACCGUAAGCGAGCGGGCUUCGAAGUUCGUGACGUUCACAUUUCUCACUACGGUCGUAUCUGCCCGAUUGAAACCCCCGAAGGUACGAACAUUGGUUUGAUCUCCAGCUUGGCCAUUUACUCGCAGGUCGAUGAGUACGGCUUUCUGGUCACGCCUUACUUCCGCGUGAAUAAAGGUCGCGUGACCGACGAGAUCGCUUGGUUGCGGGCCGACGAAGAAAGCAGUGCUUACGUCGCUCCGGCCGAUGCCCUGGUGAACGAAGAUCGGCUUGGUGGCGACACAUUGGUUGCCCGGUAUCGUGCCGACUUCGUGAUGGUGCCGACCGACAAGAUCGAAUACAUCGACGUGGCUCCGGCCCAGAUGGUGGGCGUGUCCGCGGCGUUGAUUCCGUUCCUAGAGCACGACGAUGCAAACCGUGCUUUGAUGGGCUCCAACAUGCAGCGACAAGCCGUGCCGUUGCUGGUUGCCGAGCCACCGUUGGUGGCCACGGGUAUGGAGCGCCAGGUCGCGCUCAACUCCGGCAUGCUGGUUCGCGCCAAAAAUGCGGGCACCGUCGAUUUUGUCGAUGCGAACAAGAUUCAAGUCGGCGACGAUGUCUACACACUCCGCAAGUUCGUUGGGCUCAACGAACGAACCUGCCAGAACCAAAAGCCAAUCGUCUCGCUGGGUCAAACCGUUAAGAAGGGCGAUGUGCUGGCCGACGGUGCGGCCACCUUCCAAGGCGAGCUGGCCUUGGGCCGCAACGUGCUAGUCGGGUUUAUGGCCUGGGACGGAUACAAUUUCGAAGAUGCGAUCAUCAUCAGCGAGGAGUUGGUCCGCAACGAUACGUACACAUCGAUUCACAUCGAAGAGUUUGAUAUCGAAAUUCGCGAGACCAAGUUGGGCCGCGAAGAAUUCACUCGCGAUAUCCCCAACGUCAGCGAGAAGGCACUGCGUAAUCUCGACGAUACGGGCAUCGUUCGUAUCGGCACCUACGUCCGACCCGGCGACAUCCUGGUUGGUAAGGUCUCGCCAAAAUCGAAGACCGAACUCACUCCGGAAGAAAAGCUGCUGCACGCCAUCUUCGGUCGUGCGGGUGAAGACGUGAAGAACGAUUCGCUCGACGUGCCCUCGGGCAUCGAAGGUAUCGUGAUCGACACGCAGAAGUUCUCCCGCCGCAUGAGCCUUUCGGACGACGAACGAAAGACGUUCGAGAAAGAGCUGAAAGAGGUUGAGGCCGAAGGCGCGACGAAGAUCACCGAGCUGUUCACGGCCUUUGUCAGCGAGCUGGAAACGAUGUUGGGCAAGAAGUUGACCGACGACGACGGCAACUCUUUGGUGCACGACCAGGAUCCGAAGUUUGUGGCCGAGCAGGCCUUGAACUUCCGCCUGGACUCGCUCAACCUUCGCAGCCCCCAGCGGAUCACCGACGCCGAGAAGCUGCACAAGGCUAAGUGGCCAGAAAUCGAAGCUGCAAUCGAUGAACGCGAUCGCAAGCUGAACUCGAUGAAGCGUGGCGAUGAACUUCGCAGCGGCGUGCUUCAAAUGGUCAAGGUCUACAUUGCCGCCAAGCGAGUGAUUUCGGUUGGUGACAAAAUGGCAGGCCGUCACGGAAACAAGGGUGUGAUCGCCAAGAUUCUGCCGGUCGAAGACAUGCCGUUCUUGGCCGAUGGAACUCCGAUCCAGAUCAUGCUCAACCCGUUGGGCGUGCCUAGCCGUAUGAACGUGGGCCAGAUUCUGGAAACCCACUUGGGUUGGGCUGCCGCGGGGCUUGGUUUCCAGGCCGUCACUCCGGUGUUCAAUGGUGCUGAAGAGAGCGAAAUCAAUCAGUGCCUGGCAGACGCCGGUUUGCCUGCGACGGGUAAAGCCCAAUUGCACGACGGGCGAUCCGGUGAGCCGCUCGAGCAGGAAACCACGGUGGGCUACAUCUACAUGUUGAAGCUCCAUCACCUGGUCGACGACAAGGUUCACGCCCGCUCGACUGGCCCCUACUCACUCAUCACGCAGCAACCCCUCGGCGGUAAGGCCCGCUUUGGUGGUCAGCGAUUCGGGGAAAUGGAAGUGUGGGCACUCGAGGCCUACGGUUCCGCUUACACCCUGCAAGAAUUGUUGACCGUGAAGAGCGACGACGUAGAAGGACGUACGAAGAUUUACGAGUCGAUGGUUAAGGGAGAAAACACCUUGGAAGCCGGCACCCCUGCCAGCUUUGAUGUGCUAACCAAUGAAAUUCGCGGUUUGGCUCUCAACAUGCAAUUAGAGAAGCGUCGAGCGAACACAGUGAGCAUCGGCGAAAGCUCUUACGAUCGUAUUAACGACUACGCCUCGGUGAAGAUCAGCUUGGCGCGGCCGCACGAUAUCCGUAGCUGGUCGUUCGGCGAAGUGAAGAAGCCGGAGACGAUCAACUACCGUACUUACCGUCCGGAGAAAGACGGUCUAUUCUGCGAGCGCAUCUUCGGUCCGGAGAAAGAUUGGGAAUGUGCCUGCGGCAAGUACCGCGGCAUGAAAUACAAGGGCAUGAUCUGCGAUCGCUGCGGCGUGAAAGUCACGCACAGCCGCGUGCGUCGCAAGCGGAUGGGCCACAUCGAGCUGGCCGCACCGGUCGUGCACAUCUGGUUCUUCAAAGCCAUGCCCAGCCGGUUGGGUAACCUGCUGGAGAUGAAGACCACCAGCUUGGAAAAGGUGAUUUACUUCCAAGACUACGUGGUGACCGACCCCGGCGAUACCCCGCUGAAGCCCAAGCAGCUUCUCACUGAAGAAGAGUUCCGCGCCGCUCGCGAUCAGUACGGCGAAACGUUCGAGGCCGACAUGGGUGCCGAGGCGGUUCGCAAGUUGCUGACCGACCUCGACCUGGUGAAGCUCUCGCAAGAGUUGCGUGAAGACCUGGCCACGACGGGCUCGAAGCAGCGUCAGAAAGAUCUCGUCAACCGCCUGAAGAUUGUCGAGAACCUGCGUGACAGUAACAACAAGCCGGAGUGGAUGAUCUUGGAUGUGAUUCCGAUCAUUCCUCCCGACCUGCGUCCUUUGGUUCUCUUGGACUCGGGCAACUUCGCCACGAGCGAUUUGAACGAUCUGUACCGCCGCAUCAUCAACCGCAACAACCGGUUGAAGAAGCUGGUCGAUCUUAACGCCCCCGAAGUGAUCAUUCGCAACGAAAAGCGAAUGCUGCAGCAGUCGGUCGACGCGUUGUUCGACAACAACCGCUGCAAGCGACCGGUGCUCGGUUCCAGCAACCGCCCGUUGAAGUCGCUCACCGACAUGAUCAAGGGUAAGCAGGGCCGGUUCCGCGAAAACCUGCUUGGUAAGCGUGUCGAUUACUCGGCCCGAAGUGUCAUCGUGGUCGGUCCUUCGCUCAAUCUGCAUCAGUGCGGUUUGCCGAAGAAGAUCGCCCUGGAGCUGUAUCAGCCGUUCAUCAUUCGUCGGCUGAAAGAGUUGGGACAUGCCGACACGAUCAAGAGCGCCAAGAAGAUGCUUGAGCGCAAGGACGAGGAAGUCUGGGACAUUCUCGAAGAGGUGAUUCAGAAUCACCCCGUGUUGCUCAACCGUGCUCCCACGCUGCACCGCAUGGGUAUUCAAGGUUUCGAGCCCACGCUGGUCGAAGGCAACGCCAUCAAGCUGCACCCGCUGGUCUGCAAAGGCUUCAAUGCCGACUUCGAUGGUGACCAGAUGGCGGUGCACUUGCCGCUUUCGAUCGAAGCUCAGGUCGAAGCUCAUACGUUGUUGAUGUCGACCAACAACGUGUUCAGCCCGGCCAACGGUGCCCCGAUUAUUAGCCCGUCGCAAGACGUGGUGAUGGGUUGCUACUACAUCACGGCCGAAAUGGUCGAUCAGGUUGGCGAAGGCAUGGUCUUCGGUUCGGCUCAAGAAGUCGAGUUGGCCUUCUCGCUUGGGAAGGUGGCCACUCACGCCAAGGUUAAGCUCAAGCUGCCCAAGAAUCGUUGGGUGAAGACCGAGAUUGAAGCCGAGCGUGAACCGGGCGCCCUCAUCGAUACCACGGUGGGUCGCGUGCUGUUCAACAUGAUCUUGCCCGAGGGAAUGCCGUACUACAACAUUCCCAUGCGGUCGAGCGAACUCUCGAAGGUGAUUUCCGACUGCUACCAGAUUCUGGGUCGUUCGCACACGAUUCACCUGCUCGACGCGUUGAAUCAGUGCGGUUUCCGCGAAAGCACCCGUAGCGGUCUUUCGUUCGGUACCGACGAUCUGAUCACGCCGGCGAACAAGGUGAAGAUCAUCGGCGAUGCCGAGAAGAUGGUGAUCAAGAUUCAGAAGCUCUACACCCGCGGUAUCAUCACCGAGGGUGAGCGUUACAACCAGGUACUCGAUGCCUGGACGCACGCUCGCGAAUUGAUCACCACCGAAAUGAUGACCGAGCUGGAAAGCGAUCGUCGUUCGCAAACCUAUGUGAACCCGAUCUACCUCAUGGCCCACUCCGGUGCCCGUGGUGGUGUCGAGCAGAUUCGCCAGUUGGCCGGUAUGCGUGGUUUGAUGGCCAAGCCGUCUGGAAAGAUUAUCGAGACGCCGAUUAAGGCCAACUUCCGCGAAGGCCUCUCGGUGCUCGAGUACUUCAGUUCGACCCACGGUGCUCGUAAGGGUCUGGCCGAUACGGCCUUGAAGACGGCCGACUCGGGUUACCUCACCCGAAAGCUGGCCGACGUGGCCCAGAACGUCGUGGUCACCAUGCACGACUGCGGUACCACGCAGGGUAUCACCAAGGGUGUGAUUUACCGCGGUGAGAAGGUUGAAAUCGGCUUGGCCGAUUCGACCCGCGGCCGCGUGAGUCGUACGAACAUUGUUAACCCCAUCACCGACGAAGUGGUCGUUCGCGAAGGCGAUAUGGUCACGCGUGCGGUGGCCCGUCGCAUCGAAGAGUUGGGCUUGGAGAAGAUCCAAGUUCGCAGCCCGAUGACGUGCGAAGCCCCGUUGGGUGUUUGUCAGCUCUGCUACGGAAUGGACCUUUCGACCGGCGACUUGGUCGAAGAGGGGAUGGCGGUGGGAAUCAUCGCUGCCCAGAGUAUUGGUGAGCCGGGAACCCAGCUCACGAUGCGGACGUUCCAUAUCGGUGGUACGGCCGCCCGUGCUGUGGAAGAGAGCGAGAUUCGUUCGAAGAAGACCGGUAUCGCGAAGUUCACGCGACUGAAAGUCGUGGAGAACGAAGAUGGCGAGCAGAUGGUGCUCACCCGCAACGGUGAAAUCUCGCUGUUGGACGACAAGGGUCGCGAACUGGAAAAGAACGAGAUUCCCGCGGGUGCCACGCUGUUGGUCACCGAAGAUACCGAAGUGAAGGCCGGCACCGUGCUCUGCCGUUGGGAUCCUCACAGUAUCCCGAUUCUGGCCGAGGUCGCUGGAAAGGUUCGCUACGAAGACAUCGUCGAAGGCGAAACGAUGCGUCUGGAAAAAGAUACCAGCGGUCACAUUCGUCGCUCGAUUAUGGAGCACAAGGGCGAUCUGCACCCGCAGAUUAUCCUGGAAGACCCCAGCGGAAAGAUUCUCGACUUCUACUACCUGCCAGAACGAGCGUUCAUCGAGGUGGAAGAAGGCAAGUCCAUCAAGGGUGGUACGCUGCUGGCCAAGACGCCUCGUGAAGUGUCUGGUACGCAGGACAUCACCGGUGGUCUGCCGCGUGUUACUGAAAUCUUCGAGGCUCGUAAGCCGAAGGAACCGGCGGUCAUCGCCGAGAUCGACGGUGAAGUCGAGUUGCUCGGCGAGAAACGCCGCGGUAAGCGGACCAUCGUGGUCCGCAGCGAAAGCGGAAUCGAACGCGAACACCUGGUCUCGCACGGUAAGCACUUGCGGGUGCACGCCAAAGACAUCGUGCGUGCCGGCGAAGCGUUGGUCGAUGGACCGCUCGUGCCUCACGACAUUCUUCGCAUCUCGGGCGAAGAAGCGGUGCAGGACUACCUGGUUCGCGAAAUUCAGAACGUGUACCGCAGCCAGCGUGUGGAAAUCGAUGACAAGCACAUCGAAAUCAUCGUCUCGCAGAUGUUGCGUAAGGUGAAGAUCGAAACCGGUGGCGAUACCGACUUGCUUCCGGGUAGCAUUCUCGACCGCAUGGAUUUCCGUGCGGCCAACGAAUCGAUUUCGAAGUGCCUUCGCAUCAGCGAUAAGGGCGAUAGCGAUUUCGAAGUGGGUGCCAUCGUCCCGAAAGAAACGCUGGAGCAAGUUAACAGCCAGAUCGAAGCCCUGGGUGGCGAAGUGGCCAAGGGUGCCAAGCCCAAGCCGGCGACGGCCAGCACUCAGUUGCUGGGUAUCACCAAGGCUUCGGUCCAAAGCUCCAGCUUCAUCUCGGCGGCCAGCUUCCAGGAAACCACCAAGGUGCUCACCGAGGCGGCCCUGGCCAGCAAGGUCGACAACCUGGUUGGUCUGAAGGAAAACGUCAUUCUGGGUCACUUGAUCCCGGCCGGUACCGGGUUCAGCGUGCACCAAGAUGCCGAAGUCCGCAUUCGCCCGGAGGCUUUGGAAGCCCUGGCGGCCGAAAAGGACAGUGUCCUGGAGAAGCACUUCCCGCUGUUGGACACCGACCACGACGGCAACGGCGGCCCCGAGACGUCGGCCCCCGAGAGCCAACCGGCCCAGAGCUACUCGCCGCAGGAAGGUUCGGCCUCCGGAGAUUCCGCUCCGGUCGAGUCUGGCGGCAGUGCCUUGGAUUCGCUGAUGGGUGGCAAUCCCGAGCAGGAUCCACCCAGCGACGGAUCGUAA